GCAUGCCUCGCGUUUAGCCGGAGGCCUGGAACUAUUAUUUUCGUCGUUUGAAUAUCAGAAAACAACAUUUCUGUCUCGUAAUGGAAGAAAUUCUCCGAAAGCUUCAAAAAGACGCCUCUGGGAACAAAUAUAAAGCUCUGCGCGAUGUGUGCGCCGUGGCGUGCGAAACCCUGGAGGCUCAAAAUGGAUCCAUUAAGACGUCUGCAUCUAAGGUCAGGGAGAGAUGCCUCUUCCCACUUAAGCUUGCACUCGAAUCCAAAAACCCAAAGCUGGCCCAGACAGCUCUCACGGGAAUGCAGAAGAUCCUGUGUGACGAUCGCUUUGUCGCUGUGGAACCAGAAGUGCCAGAGAAGCAGCUGUUAAGUCAAAUGCUGGAUGCUAUCAGCGUGACCCCCAUGCUUCAUGAAGAUCUACAGGUGGAAGUCAUGAAGGUCUUGCUUUGUAUCACAUACUCCUCCAGCUUUGAGUUCAAUGGCAACAACAUCUUGAGGAUUGCUGAGGUGUGUAUCCAGACAUACAUAUCAAGUUGUCAUCAACGCAGCAUCAAUACAGCUGUAAGGGCCACACUUAGUCAGAUCCUGGGUGACCUUACUCUUCAACUACACCACAGACAGGACAGCUUGGGUGCCGAUGAACGUGGCCGUACAGUGCCUACAAGCAAACGCAAAGACUUUUCUCCCACCACAGCAAUGCUGUAUGAGGACGUGGUGACUGUCCUCAUUGUAUUCUGCGAAAAACUGGAGUCUGUUUCAAGUGAGAACCAGCUGUUGCAGCUGCUGUAUCUCGAGUGCAUUUUAGCCAUGCUCAGCAGCUGCCCUCCCACAAUGCACCUGAACCGCAACUUCACUGAUCUUGUCUGGAAGCAGCUGUGUCCAGUUCUGGUGGUGAUCACGGGCAACCCUGUCAAUGAUAAGACCAUCACAUCUGCUCACGGAGCUCCAUCACAGGAGGUGGAGACUGCACUCGGGUCAGGGGUUAGUGAUCAGGGCCGGGGUUCUGGCUGUUCCUCCAGUGCCCCUGCCAUGAUUGGACCAGUGAUCCGCACCAUCUGCUACAUCGCGGCCGAACUUGUCCGGCUAGUGAGCUGCGUGGAAUCCAUGAAGCCUGUGCUGCAGUCUCUCUACCACCGCAUCCUGCUCUACCCGCCUCCACAGCACAGACUGGAGGCCAUCAAGAUCAUGAAGGAGAUCCUCGGUAGCCCACAGCGCUUGUUUGACCUGGCUGGCCCAUGUGUGAUUGAGCCCGAGACCAGGAAGAGAUCCUUCUCGAAGAGGAAGUCGCAUCUUGACCUUCUUAAGUUGGUGAUGGAUGGCAUGACGGAAGCUUGUGUGAAGGGUGGCAUUGAGGCUUGCUAUUCCUCGGUUUCUUGUGCUUGUGCACUACUGGCUGCCCUCGACGAGCUCAGCCAGGGACGUGGCCUGCAUAUAGACCAGGCACAACUUUUGCUCCGUCGACUGGAUGACUUGAAAGAAGGGGCGGAGUUGUCAAGAGAACCAGUGGAGCUCAAUGAGGCUGACUUCCGUUGGCAGCGGCGUGUGCUGUCCUCUGAAAAUGCCACCUGGGAGACUGCCAUUCCUAAACGCAGCCCUGACAUCAGCAUCAGCGUCACCACUGACACAGGCCAGGUUACUCUGGAGGGGGAUCUGGGCCGGACCACCCCAGAAGAGUGUGGAGACGAUGCACGGUUACCUUCGCCUUCGUCCUGUGGAGGCGCUGCAGGGGAAAGUGGUGCCCCUCCAGAUGUGGUGCAGCGCACCCAUGCCCUGGUUUACCCAGACCUCACUAACUUCCUGUCAGUGGAGUCUCGCAUGCGCUCACAUGGCUCGCGCUACAGUGAGAGCAAUUUCAGUAUGGACGAGCAGGAACUUUCGCGCACAGAAUUCGACUCGUGCGAUCAGUACUCCACGGCUGCUGAGAAGGACUCGGGCCGCUCGGAUGUUUCAGAUGUUGGUUCAGACAAUGGCUCAUUGGGUGAUGAUGAGCAGACACUGCGCCAUGCCCCUGCCCAUCGUUCACUGCGCACUGCUGCGCUUUCACUCAAGCUGCUGAAGAACCAGGAGGCGGAUCAGCAGAGUGCCCGCCUCUUUGUUCAGUCUCUGGUGGCAUUGUUGCCACGCCUUCUGGCCCAGCACAGCCCUACUGAUGUGGAUGUCGCUCUACAAAACUUCUCCUCAACAUUCUGCUUGGGUCUGCAAGUAGGUGGGCUUCACUCUCCUGGCUUUGAGGGUAGUGAGAAUCUGAGCUGCCAGGCUUUGAUGAAUGCAGAUGGAUUGUAUUUGGUGUCCUACUACGCCUUGCUUCUCAACCUCAAACUGAGCACCUGUGGAUACUAUGAAAGGAAACCUGCUCCUCCCAUUGUCACUCUGAAAGAGUUUGUGCAUCAUAUCCAGAGCAGUGGUGUUCUAGUGGUGCUCUCUCAGGCCUGGAUAGAGGAACUGUACCACCAAGUGUUAGAGAGGAACCUGCUAGGGGAGGCUGGAUACUGGGAGUCCCCUGAGGAGCACUCACUCCCUCUUAUCACCAUGCUCACAGAUAUUGAUGGACUUGGCAGUAGUGCUAUAGGAGGUCAGCUGAUCAGAAGAGCCUCCUCACAGUCGCCUUUUACAAGUGAUAAGAAAGACAGCAACACAGUGUUGGCAGGUAUAAUGUUUGCACGGUACAUCCUGAUCGGCUGCUGGAAGAACCUGAUCGACACACUGUCUACUCCUCUGACGGGCCGCAUGGCAGGAAGCUCGCGGGCUCUGGCCUUCAUCCUAGGUGCAGAAGGCAUUAAAGUGCAGAACCAGAGGGAGAGAGAAACCAUCUGCCUCAGUCUUGAUGGGCUGCGCAAAGCUGCUGCGCUCAGCUGUGCUCUGGGUGUGGCUGCCAACUGUGCCUCAGCAGUAGCUCAGAUGGCAGCAGCGUCCUGUGUUCCAGAGGAAAAAGAGGAGAAGGAUCAGGCUGAAGCUGGAGAUGCUAUUACUCAGGUUAAGCAUAGAAUGGAGCAGAAACUGGAGCAGAUGGGUCGGGGUCAGGGAGUGAAGCUGCACACUGCUCACAUGCUCUGCAUGGAUGCCAUCCUCAACGUGGGUCUAGAGAUGGGCAGCCAUAAUCAUGAUUGCUGGCCACAUGUCUUCAGAGUGGUGGAGUAUGUGAGCUCGCUGGAGCACAGCCACUUCAGUGAUGGGAGUUCUCAUUCUCCUAUGACCAUCACUCAAACUCAGAAGGCUUCAUCAAUAAUGGGAAAUCCAGAGUUGAGCGUGGAGUCUGUCCCUGAGCUGGAGCUAAGCCUGAGCCAUCCAGUUAUCCAGCCCACUUCCAUCCAGGAGCUAUUGCGUGAAAACAGCAGUGCAAAAGGUUUUGAUCUGCGGGGCGGCAGUCUCCUGACGGGCAACAGCGCUGCUAAAGUUGUCUGCGCACUCUCCACACAGGCGGAUAGACUGUUUGAAGAUGCAGUGAAUAAACUUAACCUGGUGGGUCUAGUGGGUUUCCUGCACCAGCUGAGGAAAGCAUCACAAUCCCAGCUUUUUAACUCGGUCACAGAAACUGGGGACUACUCUUUAGCCAUGCCAGGGGAGGCCAAGUCAACGCAAGACAAGCGCAGUGCUCUUCACCUCUUCAGGCUGGGUGAGGCCAUGCUUCAUAUAGUACGGAACAAGAGCCGGCCACUUCUGCACAUGAUGAGAGCCUGGAGUGUGGUGGCCCCUCAUCUGGUGGAGGCUGCGUGUCAUAAAGAACGUCACGUAUCCCAGAAGGCAGUGUCAUUCAUCCAUGAUGUUCUGAUGGAGGUGCUGAGCAGCUGGGCUGAGCUUCCCCACUUCCACUUCAACGAGGCACUUUUCCGUCCCUUUGAGCACAUCAUGCAGCUGGAGCUCUGUGAUGAGGAUGUACAGGACCAGGUGAUCACAUCCAUCGGGGAGCUGGUGGAGCUGUGCUCUCCUCAGAUUCAGUCAGGCUGGAGGCCGCUCUUCAGUGCUCUGCGCACUGUGCAUGGAAGCAAGAAUGACAUGAAGGACUAUCUGAUUGGAGAAUACUCUAUGGGCAAAUCCCAUGCACCCGUUUUUGACGUCUUUGAGGCCUUUAUUAACACGGACAACAUUCAGGUUUUUGCCAAUGCAGCAACUGACUACAUCAUGUGCCUUAUGAAGUUUGUAAAGGGCCUGGGAGAGGUGGAUUAUAAGGAGAUAGGAGAUUGUGUUCAUGCGAAUGGAUACAGCUCUACAGACCUGUGCCUUCCUGCCCUGGAUUAUCUGAGGAAGUGCUCACAGCUGCUAGCCAAAAUCUACAAAAUGCCUUCAAAGCCAGUGUUUCUGGGUGCACGGCUGGCUAGUCUGCCCAUGAGAGCCCAGGAGCGCUCGGUUAGCAGCGAGGACGGCAUGGAGUCUGUUCUAGCCGAGUUCGAUGAUGACACAGGUCUGAUCCAGGUGUGGAUCUUGCUGUUGGAGCAGCUCACCGCAGCUGUGUCUAAUUGCCCUCGUCAACACCAGCCACCUACACUGGAACUGUUGUUCGAGCUGCUCCGAGAAGUCACUAAAACACCAGGCCCAGGCUUUGCCAUUUUCUCAGUCAUCCAGCUCCUCCUUCCUGUCAUGUCGCUGUGGCUGCAGCGAAGUCAUGCAGAUUAUUCAUACUGGGACAUCGCAGCUGCAAACUUUAAGCACGCCAUCGGGCUUUCAUGCGAGCUCGUGGUAGAGCACGUUCAAAGUUUUAUUCAUUCAGAUAUGGGCUACGAGAGUCUUAUUAACCUGAUGUUGAAGGACUUAUUCAAGCUGUUGGUGGCUUGUGUGGCUGAACCUGCAGAGACCAUCUCCAGAGUUGGCUGUUCCUGUAUCAGAUAUGUUCUGGUGACAGCAGGGCCUGUGUUUACAGAGGAGAUGUGGAGACUGGCCUGCUGUGCCCUGCAGGAUGCCUUCUCCGCUACGCUUGAACCUGUCAAGAACCUGCUUGCGUGUUUUCGGAGUGGUUCGGACACGUUCACAGGGGACGCGUGCGAAGUGAAAGUAGCCGCCCCGACACAUUCUGCUUCAGCUGAGGCUGAGUACUGGAGGAUCCGUGCCAUGGCACAGCAGGUCUUUAUGCUGGACACUCAGUGCUCUCCUAAGACCCCCAGCAGUAAGGAAGGAUUUGAGCAUGCUCAGUCAUGUGUGCUCAUCAUUGAACUUCCUGCAGACCAGCAGUCCAAUGGCCAUGUUCAGAAGAGGAUUCCAUUCAGGACCAUAGUGGUGAGCUUGCUGUCUCACCAGGUGCUGCUGCAGAACCUCUAUGACAUCCUGCUGGAGGAUUUCGUGAAAGGCUCCAGCAGCUCGGAGAGCCAGGAUCGUUUAACCCCCGUCUCGGAGCCCAAAGCCUCUGGAUUUCUACGCUACAUCUCCAUGCAAAAUCUGGCCAUCAUCUUGGACCUCCUGCUCGACUCAUACCGCACGGCGCGGGACUUUGACACACGUCCUGGCCUGAAAUAUCUACUUAUGAAGGUGUCGGGGGUUUGCGGAGCCGCUAACCUGUACCGCCAAUCCGCAAUGAGCUUCAAUAUCUACUUCCAGGCUCUGCUGUGUGCCAUGCUGACCAAUCAGGAGCAGAUCACUGUCGAGCAGGUGAAGAAGAUCCUCAGUGAGGAGGAGGAAGAAGAGGAGGGCAGCUCAGAUUCGUCUCAAGCCUGCUCCUCUGAGGAUGAGGACAUGUUUGAGGAGACGGCCCGUGUGAGCCCACCACGUCGGUGGCGUACUCGCCUGCCUGCUCUGAGUACCCAGCCCGCCAGUGGUGCAGACUGGGCAUGGCUUCUCAAACGCAUGCACAAGCUCUGCAUGGAUCUCUGCACAAACUACAUUCAGAUGCACCUAGAUCUGGAAAGCAGCACCGAGGAGCCACCUCCCACCACACGUCCUGACAGCAUGUUAUUUCUGCCUCUGUUCCCCUCUGAGAGCUCCACCCCUUCGACAGGUGGCCAUUCAGGACGUGGGACACCCUUGGAAGACAACCCUCGCCUUCAUUUGCCCAACAUGCCCUCCUCAGAGGAGGAGGAAAGGAGGAGGAAGAAGGAGUGGUGGGAAAGCGCCAGCAACAAGCUCUAUACCAUCGCCACUGACAAGACCAUCGCCAAGCUGAUGAUGGAGUACAAGAAGCGCAAGCAGCAGCAGCAGCAGCAACAGAACCACGGCUCAUUGACGAAGAAGGCAGGAGAGAGGAUGACGCCAGAAUCGCCCGGGCCACAGAGACCUCAGCAACUCCUCGAUCAGAGGACCAUGAGGCACUCUUUUAGUGCUGGACCAGAACUACUGCGGCAGGACAAGAGGCCACGCUCGGGUUCUACCGCCAGCUCGCAUAACAUCUCCCUCAGAGACUCCGAGGCACAGAUACAAGCAUGGACCAACAUGGUCCUCACCAUCCUGAACCAAAUCCAGCUGUUGCCAGAUGCUACCUUCGUGGCCCUGCAGCCAGCCAUGUUCCCCUGCAUUAGUCAGCUGACGUGUCACGUGACUGACCUCCGUGUACGGCAAGCGGUACGAGAGUGGCUGGGACGCGUAGGACGUGUUUAUGACAUUAUCCUGUGAGGAGCUCGCUGCUUUGUCGUCAUUGUGAGCUGACUAAUUUAUUUUUGUUCUUGGGAUUUGCUGACUGGGAU